CAUCUGGAGUGUUCAUCAUCCUCUACCGGUGCAGCAGACAUGCCGAGAAAACCUUGUUUUCUCCUUCGUGGAGUAUAUAAAAAUCGUCAAGAAAAAAGAAAAAGAAAAGCGAAGGAUGGAAGAGGGUGCUUGAAGGCUAAGCCCAUUUCGUCCCCCCACAGGCCCACAUUCUUCUGCUCCGCAACAACCAUUCCCUGUUUCUGCGCUCAAAAAAAAAACAAAAAAAAAAAACAGUCCUUGUCCUUCGAAAAAGCAACCGUCCUUAGUUACCUUUUCUUUUCUGAAAGAUAACCGUCCUCCAUUCGCUCCCCAGUUCCCACCCUCAACAGCGACGGACAGCGGCGGCACGGUUCACCUCCCCGGCGGCGCAAUCAGCACGUCGACCUUCGUCCAAAACAACCGCGCUGACAUCGGGGUCUACUCGGCACGAUGGCGGAGCCACUCUCGACGCCGACGCCGUCGUGGUCUGACAUCCCGCUGGAACUGGCCGGCCUGGUGCUCCGCCUCCUCCCGGCGUACGCCGACCGAGCCCGCUUCUCCGCCGUGUGCCCCCAGUGGCGCGCCGCCGCCAAGCAGCUCGCCGUGCCACCGCCUCUGCCACUGCUCGCUCUCCCUGACGGCACCUUCUACAGCUUGCCCUGCACCAAGACCUUCCGCUUUCCUGGCUGCGGCUUCGCUGGGUACAAGAGCGCGUGCGGCGGCUGGCUCGUCUUCCCAAGUGAAGGCAGUUGCAUCUUGGUGAACCCUUUCUCCGGGGGUACUGUGACGCUCCCUGCUCUGUCCAUGGUCCGGCUCCGUCCCCCUAAUGCUGAUCUGAAGCAUAUGCCUGCGGACACGUGUAGCUGGCUGCACAUCAAGGACAAGAGUCUCUGCUUGAGUAAGCUAGUGAUGUGCUCGUCGAACCUUGCUGCAGCAGUCGUCAAACAUGAAAUCAAGGGUCAGAUUCUUGUGUGCCAGCCGGGGGGCUCGUCAUGGUCAGUACGCGCCUAUGACGAGUGUAUAGAGUUUGAAGACAUGACAUUCUACCGGGGUAAGCUCUACGUCCUCUCAAACCACGAGAACCUCUCUGUGGUGAACAUCAGCCAGGACCAAACCACCGGAGAUCCACAGGUUUCUCGGAUUGGACGGGUCAUCGAGGGUGAUUGUGAUCCCGUGUAUAUGUUAUGGACUGAAGACACCAGGGCUGAUAGAAAGUUCUAUUUGGUUGAAUCUGGUGGUCAGUUGCUGAUGGUGCGCAGGACGAUUUUCUCCAGACUGAUGAUGUAUGAUGAGAUGGAGGAUGAUGCAUUCUUUGUUGAACGGAAUGAGUUUGAGGUGUUUGAGGCGGACUUCAAGCAGUCACGGUGGAUCAGUGUGACGACCUUGGGGGACGACCAGGUGCUUUUUCUGGGCCGAAGAUGCUCUCAGGCUGUACCAGUGUCUCAGUAUGGUAUACCAGGCAAUCGCAUCUUCUUCUUGGAUGAUGAAGAGGUGGAGGUGUCUUUUAGAAAAAAAAAAUCUUGGAUGAGAACGCGUCCUUUGGUGUCUAUGACAUGAUGAGCAAGGAGGUUUCCUCCCCUCAGCCGAUGGUCUCCUGGAACCGUGAAAGGAUCGACCUUGCUACAUGGUACUCCCUUGAGACUGAACUGAAGCUGUUCCUAUGCAAUCUCCUCAAUAGAUCACCAUCUAUCUGACCGUAGCAUGGUAUUUCCGUUACUUCGGUGAACUUGGCAUCGUAGUUAUUCAGUUUGUAGAUUUGUAUGUAUCUAGGCUUACUGUGGCGGUUGCCCUUUAUGAAAGCUUAUGCUUGGGUCCGUCCUUAAUCAUCCCAACUUAUGUCUCAAGCCGUAAACUUUGAUGUUUCCUGCAAUGAAGUGUGUUUUGUUUACUGUUA